AACGUUUGUCGCCUCAGCAUCCAGGAAGCUACGCAUGCUCAUUACUGCUCUUUCUCACAACAUCUAUCAGCCAUAUGGACAGUUAUACAUCCGUCAGUAUAGCGAGAAGAACCUUUGAAUCAACAUGAAUGGCGUUAAAUUGGACCUUUCAGAUAUAUUAGACCCUCACAAUAUCAUUACAACGUAAAGGUUAUGUACCAAUAUUUCGGUUACAGCAAUGGCAGAUGCGGAGCUGCAAACCUUCACAUCCAUCAUGGACGCUCUCGUGCGCAUAAGCUCCAAUAUGAAGAGCAUAGCGAGAGAGCUACAUUGUCCAGUGUGUGAGGAGAUGGUGAAGCAGCCAAUUGUGUUGCCAUGUAUGCACAGUGUGUGUGUGCUAUGUGCGGCUGAAGUUUUGGUUCAGAGGGGUUACCCCUCACCCGAACUGCCCCCAGAGCCCAACACUCCAACCUCAAGCCCCAACACACGCUCUCCUCGACAAACACGCAGACCUCCGCCCAAAACCGACCGUUUGGACCGGGUGAUCAGAACAGUGUGUGGGACACAUCCAGGUCGCAGGCGUAAGGACACUCCCCCUGUGAUCAUGCUGUUCCCCUGUCCCACCUGCCGAAAAGACGUGGAGCUGGGAGAGAGAGGCCUUGCAGAUUGCCUUAGAAACCUCACCCUGGAGCGAAUUGUGGAGAGGUAUAGACAUACAGUGAGUCUUGGCAGCAUGGCUAUCAUGUGUCAGUUCUGUAAGCCUCCUCAUGUACUAGAGGCUACUAAAGGCUGUGCUGACUGCAGGUCCAACUUCUGCAAUGAGUGCUUUAAGCUGUACCACCCCUGGGGUACACCGCGAGCCCAACACGAACAUAUUCUGCCUACACACAGCUUCAGACCCAAGGUUUUAGUGUGUGUCGAGCAUGAGCAGGAGAAGUUGCAGUUUUACUGCAGGUCAUGUCAGCGUCUGUUGUGCUCGCUUUGUAAACUGCGUCGUACCCACAGUGGACACAAGAUCAUGCCUAUUGCCCUGGCUUACCAAACUUUAAAGGAGAAAAUUACCAAGGAGAUUAACUACAUUUUGGCCAAUCAGGAUGCUGUACAGGCACAGAUAACCCAAGUAGAGAGUGGCAUUGCUCAGACUGAGGUCAAUAGCGCAGUGGCCAACGAGCAGUUGAACCAGUGUGUGAGUGAAAUGCGGGGAGUGCUGGGGGAGCGCCAAGGUGUUUUGGCCAUGGCGCUGGAGGAGGCCCGUGCACAGAGGGCAGGGGCUCUGAAUUCUCAGCUGUCCGAAAAACAGAGUCUUUUGGAAAACGCGGGACUGCUCACAUACGCUCAGGAGCUCCUUAAAGAAACCGACCAGCCUUGCUUUGUGCAGGCUGCCAGAAUCACACACAACAGAUUGGUCAAAGCGAUAGAAAAUCUUCAGCAUUUCUCUCUGUCUGCUGAUCCCUCGUUCCGACACUUUCAGAUUGAUGUCUCCAGAGAACUCAAGGCACUCUCUAGCAUGAACUUCAUACAAGCCCCAUUGGCUCCUGUGAUUGACACUCAGAAGACACUGGCCUAUGAUCAGCUCUAUUUGUGCUGGCGGCUCCCGCAGGACUCCGCUCCUGCCUGGCACUACUCAGUGGAGUUUCAGAGAAAGGUGGGUGGGGCCGGGGCAGUAUGGGGUGCAGUGCGGUCCGAGGGAGGACCUGGAAGCAAUGGCACACACUGUCUGUGGCAGCGUCUGGAUGAUGUGGGUGGGACUUGUGCAGUGAUUGACAAACUGGAGAUGGACAGCGUCUAUGUCCUAAGAGUCAGAGGCUGUAAUAAGGCAGGGUAUGGAGAGUACAGUGAAGAAGUGUAUCUACACACACCACCUGCACCAGUGUUGCCCUUCUGCCUGGAUUCUCGCUGGGGUCUGCAUGCGGAGCGGGUGGCACUGGGCAAAGGGCAGACGUAUGCCCGUAGUGUUCCCGGGAUGACUCUGUUACAGGCAGCCGAUCGAGCCCUGACGUCCUGUCACCUCACCUCGGACCUCCUCGUGGCUGACGUUUCCAUCACGCAAGGACGUCACUACUGGGCAUGCUCAGUGGAGCCUGGAUCCUACUUAGUAAAGGUGGGAGUGGGUUUAGAAGCAAAGCUACAGGAGUGGUUUCAUCUUCCACAAGACAUGGCAAGUCCACGGUAUGAUCCAGACAGUGGUCAUGACAGCGGGGCAGAAGAUGCUCAGGAAUAUCCUCCGUUCUGUUUUCUGACAAUAGGCAUGGGCAAAAUCUUACUCCCCAAAUGUGGGACAUCUAGCACUUCUAGCGGCCCCCUAACCAUCCCCCUGCCACCGCGCCUCGGACUCUGCUUGGACUUCGAGAAGGGACGGGUAACUUUCUACGAUGCGCAUUCUUUGCGAGUGCUGUGGGAGGGGACUGUUGAUUGCUCCGCCCCUGUUUGCCCAGCCUUUUGUUUCAUUGGUGGAGGGGCUCUGCAGCUGCAGGAGUUAAUAGCCAAUCACAGUACAGAGCAGAACCCGCCAAGAAGAGUGACCAUUCAGACACGUUCAACGGAUCUCAAACACUGAAACGAAUAUUGGCCAUGAAUCCAGUCUACUCUGCACCUUUAAGCAAAUCUUCUUUUAUCAUUUUCUAAUGACUAUUUGUCUACCUGCUUAUUUUGUAGAUGAUUAUGCAUUAAUUAGCGAUAUUUUAUAUUAAGAUUCAUUUCAUUUGUAAAAACUGAAUACUAGCAAAGAGUUUAUGGAUGCUGUUAACCUGUAGCAUGCUAACAACAUGUAGGUCAGUGAUAAAUAAUGAGGAAUUAUUGCCAAUAUUAAACAAAUUAAUGAUCAGGAAUCACCUUUUAAAUGUGUGAUAGCCAAUGAAUCCUCAGUAUUUACAAACUUGUUUUCCAGCAUUGUUAGCAUGUGUACCACCCAGGAUGGGUGUUAUAAUAAUGACUAAACACUUAGAUCAGUGUAUGUGCUUUUACAGAAAUGUCUUGAAAUUUGAUCACAUUUAUUUUCAUUUGAUGACAAGGCUUGAUGAGCUAAAGAUGUUACAGCAGCAGUCGGUUGUCAUAGUGUUCAGAGUUUCAUCUGUGUUAUAAGCAGGUUUUUAAAUGGAUUAGUAGCCUACUUUGAGGCUAAACUAAACGUUGGGCAUAUUGUGUUGGUGUCAAUACAUAUCUUGUAUGUAGAGACCAUUGUCUUGUGGUUUGUUUGGAUCAGAACAGGGCUGUAUAAAACAUUCAGUGAGUGAUCAUAAUGAAACCAUACAAUAAAACGAUCUGAGCUGCUGGUUACUUCUGCUUUCGUGUGGGAUUCCUAUUUCAACGCAAUACAACCGUCUCACCCAUCCAGCGGACUACUGUCUGUACUGACACACCCAGUGUUGGGGAAAGUUACUUUUAAAAGUAAUGCAUUACAGUAUUAAAGGUAUUGCGGAGGAUUUUCUUUGCCCGGGUGGAUCAUCAAGACUAUUGGUCCUCCUAGUUGUCAAUCAGGAGUGUUGCACAAUUGCAUUUUUUUAAAAGGUGGAGAAGGCGGUUCUUUUCUAAAAUUCAAGAAAAUCCUCUGCUACACCUUUAAGUUACUCCCCAAAAAAGUAACUAAUUGCGUUACUUAGUUACUUUCCAUGGAAAGUAAUGCUUACGUUACUUUUAAGUUACUUUUGCGUUACUUUUUCUUACUUGGCUGAGGCUUGAUCUCUUUCAGGCCUUGCAGGUGUUUUUAUGAUCACAAAAAUGUCAAGCUCUGUGCCAUCUACAUUUCUUACUUAAACUGUUUCCGGUCAGGCGCACAGAAUGCGUAAUUCUAUGUUAAUAUGUUCAGUUUAAUUCAGUACAUUAUUUUAUUUUUAAAUUGAAUUAAUUAAACUGAAAAGUAGCUCGCCUUACCUUUUUAAAAAGCAACUCAAAUAUUAAUGUGUACAUUUAUCAAGUAAUGCGUUACUUUACUCGUUACUUCAGAAAAAGUAAUAUUAUUACGUAAUGCACGUUACUUGUAAUGCGUUACCCCCAACACUAGACACACCUCAUACAUUUUUAAAACUUAUUGCCAUAAUCAUGAUUGUUAGUCUUUGUACUGUUUUAUGAUAACAGACUGGAUAUAAUAACAACAACAGAGUAGGCCGGAUGCUGCUUUUGACUCUCAUGAGUGUUUAUGUGUGUCAAUGUGAGGACAGAAAGUUUGAAUUGUAUGCUGAUUGUCAAUAUUUUGUUUAUAUAUUGUGUGUGUGUGUGUGUGUGUGUGUGUGUGUGUGUGUGAUGUUGCAAUAAAGACUGUUGUCAGUUUCUGAAAGCUCUGCUUUUGGUCAUGUUUUGUGAUGUUUAAAUACAUUGAUUCUGAUUAAUGUCAUGUGUGAAUUUAUUGAUGUUGUAGCAUUUCAUAUUUGGGCAUUUUUAAUUGGCAAAAUGUUUGUAAAAGACACACUAAACAGCAAAAAAAAAAAAUGAAAUAAAGCAGCAACAUUUCUCACUUGUAUUACUUUCACAAGCCGUGAUUUUUAUCCUGAACCAGUAAACCUGCAGCAAAAACACUCCCUUGUUACACUCCCUUCCAUAUUACUUCAUCUUUAUGACAAAUAAAUAAUAAAAUAAUAAUAAGAAGUAACAGAUGUGUUGGGAACAAAAUGCCAGUGUAUGCAAUGAACAAGAUUUAAUGGCAACAUUACCAAAGUAGUGCAAAUUUGUGGGUUAAUGAAAGUGACAAGGCUACAAAACAUAAUUGGUGUGUUUGGUUUAAAUAUAUGAAGAACUCUGUAAUAGCUGAUAUGCGUUAUAUAUGAUAUAAGUACGAAUUGGUUAUUAACUUGUCAUUUAUUUCUCUUGGUAUCAGAAAUAAACUACUGUAAAAGAACUGUUUAGUCCGCAAUAGCGGUUUUGUCAAAACUUGUUUAUUAUAAUGUUAUUAUCUUUAUUUAUCUAUAUUUAUUGCAUGUUUUUAUUGUGUUUUAUUGUGCUACUUAGCU